CAUAAAAAGUGUUGGCUAGUAAAGACAAUAAAAUAAAAUUUAAAUAAAAAAAAAGAAUUAAAGAAAAUAGGGACUAACAAUGAAGUACGGAAGCGUGGAACAUGUAGAUGAUCCCAGAGAACCUAGAGCGAAGGUGAAUGUGUUCCCUCACGACAAAUGGCAAAUCCUCAAAGACAUCAUCACAAUUUCUCUGGCCUUUAUGAUGCAAUUUACGGCAUUCCAAGGUGUUGGGAAUCUCCAGUCGUCAAUUAAUUCAGAGGGUGGCCUCGGAGUUGUGUCUCUCAGUGCCAUCUACGCAGCCCUAAUAUUUUCCUGUAUCUUCAUUCCGACCCUCAUGAUUAGGAAACUUACAGCAAAGUGGACUCUCGUGGUAUCCAUGCUAUGUUACGUUCCCUACAUCGCCUUUCAGUUCUACCCACGCUUUUACACCCUUAUACCGGCUGGAAUUCUCCUAGGUUUGGGUGCAGCACCUAUGUGGGCUGCUAAAGCUACCUACCUUACGCAAGUUGGACAAGUCUACGCUAAGAUUUCACAUCAAACAGUCGAAGCUAUCAUUGUGCGCUUCUUCGGCUUUUUCUUCUUUGCAUGGCAAACAGCUGAAUUGUGGGGAAACCUAAUAUCCAGUUUGGUUCUGUCCAGUGAGAAAGAAAGUAAAGAAAACGUGACGAUUGAUUUGGAGAUAUGUGGUGCGAACUUUUGUACUGCACAUGUGAAUGAAAACUUGGAAAGGCCACCAGAUUCCGAUAUUUACAAAAUCACAGGAAUCUACCUUGCUUGCAUCCUGAUUGCCGUUGCCAUUAUUGCCAUUUUCCUGGACCCCUUGUGUAGAUAUGGAGAAAAUCGACGGGGGUCCCCUGCAGCAAAACCAACCCCCAUUAAAACUCUCCUUAUCGCUACGGCUAAGCAGCUUAGGAAACCUAAUCAGAUUUUCCUGAUUCCCAUUACGGUUUUCAUUGGAAUGGAGCAAGCUGUAUUAGCAGCAGAUUUUACUCAGGCAUUCGUAUCCUGUGCAUUGGGCAUUCAUCUUAUUGGAUACGUAAUGGUAUGCUUUGGAGUAGUUGAUUCAAUCUGCUCAAUUGUAUUUGGAAUGGCAAUGAAGCAUAUUGGAAGGAUUCCAAUUAUUCUUUUGGGCUUCAUCCUACAUGGAUCACUUUUGCUUGUGAUGCUCUUUUGGCGACCGAACCCACAACAACCCAUAAUAUUCUUUGCAAUCUCUGGCCUCUGGGGUGUAGCUGAUGCAGUAUGGCAGACACAGAUCAAUGGAAUCUACGGAGCUCUCUUUAGACGAAACAAAGAAGCUGCUUUCUCCAACUUCCGACUUUGGGAAUCAAUUGGAUUUGUCGUGACUUACGCCAGUUCAGCGGCAUUGUGCGCUAAAAUGAAAUUGAUCGUGCUUUUGCUUGUUCUUCUGGCGGGAGCAUUGGGAUGGGUAAUUGUGGAGGUACGACACAAGCACCGUGAAGAGAAACUUAAGGCACUCAAUGAGGAAUCAAAUGGAAAGAUGAUUGUUCAUCACCAUCCUGUACCAACUGAAGAAGUCAAUGGGCAUGCAGUUCACAGUGAUGAUGAUGAUGAGGACAACAGAGACGAUGAAGAUGACGAAUUGGAUGAAGAUAUUGUGGUACAAGAAGAACCAGCAUCUCCGCACGGUGAUGGCUUGAGGUUUAACUUCUCAAUUAUCAGCUUUACUUCCAUCACGUCAAAUCCAAAGCACUAAAGCACACACACAAAGUUCUAUUUCUUUACAUUCAAAAUGCACAAUGCAUGAUAAAUAGACUUAAAAUUGUAUUAUCAAUUAAUAUUUUUAAUAAAAUUUAUUUAUUAG